UUUAGCGUCACUACGCGCAGCAAAUUCUAAAUAAAAUAUAGUUAUGGGUUGGCCAACUUAUGUGAGAAAUCAAUAUAUGGCAAGCAUUGCUGUCAAUAUACUUUCAAUUGCUUUUGGCGGCACCAUGGGCUGGAUGUCGUCCAGCUAUCUGGAGCUGCAAAGCGCUGCAACGCCUUUGGCCACUGGUCCACUGAACAAACAUGAGCUGGGCUGGGUGACUUGCAGUCCAGCGCUGGGCGCACUGCUGGUCACUGUUUUCCUCACGAGCUUUGCGGACAAAUAUGGACGCAAGCGCUUUUUGCUUUGCUUGUCGUUGCCCGUGCUGCUCAGCUGGCUGAUUAUAUCCUUGGCACGUCAUCCUUGGCAUUUGUGUCUGGCACGCUUUCUGGCUGGCUCUGCUGGCGGCGGCUCAUUCACCGUUAUACCGCUGUAUAUAACGGAAAUUGCAGAGAAUCGACUGCGCAGCACACUGGGCACAUUCCUGGGACUGGGCACCAUGCUGGGAUUUCUGCUUAUCAAUGUGCUCAGCUAUUACUUUAGCUUUGCUGCUGUGGCCAGAGUCAUGUGCGCGUUACCUUUGCUAUUCGUGGCCUGCUUUCUGCGAAAUCCGGAGACGCCGCAAUUCCUAGUAAUGCAUAAUGCUGCCAAAGCGCAGGCUGCUUUAAGCUAUUAUCGCGGCAUUGACAGCAACGCUAAGCCCGAUGUGGAAGUGCAGCAGGAGCUAAACAGACUUUGCGAGCCACCAGCACUUGAGGCUCGCGAGGCUGCAAAGAGUUCGCGAGUAAGCUGCGCUGAAUUUUUGCAACCCAAAGCGCGCAAAGCUUUUCUCAUUGGCUCGCUCAUGGUGCUGAUUAAUCAAUUGAGUGGCUUGUUGCCACUGCAGAAUUAUAUAAGCAGCAUUUUUAGCCAAGCUGGCUCGGGUCUAUCAGCCAGAGUGUCCACCAUUAUAGUGUGCUUCAUACAGCUGCUGGGCACCUAUGCCACAACGCAUUUUGUGGAGAACGCUGGACGCAAGACGCUGCUCAUCUGCUCCACCGCGGGCAUUUGCUUGGGCGAGCUUGCCUUAUCGGCUUACUACUAUUUAACAGCCCAGGGCUACGAUACCAGCAGCUGCAGCUGGGUGCCCAUUGCUGCGCUGUCCUUUGUGGUGUUUACUGCCUCCGGUGGUGCAAUGUCUAUAAUCUAUGUGGUUAUGGCUGAGAUAUGUCCGCCGCGUAUACGCAGCAUGGCUGUGCGUAUACAUAUAAGUUGCAUAUUCAUAUUGGGCAUGACAAUACUUAAGGUAAAUAUUGCUAGUAACUUAUACUUAUACUUAGGUAACUUUAUUUUACAGACAUUUCCACUGGCGAGCGCUGCAUUUGGCAUUGCGGGCACUAUAUUCGCCUUUGCUGUUUUCUCAUUUGUUUUAACUAUUUUGGUGAUUAUAUUUGUGCCUGAAACGAAGGGCAAGACUAUAGAGGAAAUUCAAGCAAGCUUAUAAACGAUAAAAUGUUGGAGCAGCAGAC